UUUUUGGGGGUGGGCGAAGGCUGGGUCAGCUCCGGCGAGGCUGCGGGAUCCUGGAGGAGGAGAAUGAAGCUGCGCCCGGGCGCCCGCCGCCUCCUCUUGCUGCUCGCCCUGGGACUCGGCGCUUGGGAAGCCCAGGCUGCGGUGUGCCAUGGAUGUUCAUCAAGCACCAAGUGUGACUGUAGUGGACAAAAAGGAGAAAAGGGUGAUCGAGGUUUCCCAGGUUUGCAAGGCCAGCCCGGUUUGCCUGGUUUCCCUGGACCAGAAGGGCCAUCUGGACCCCGCGGCGAAAAGGGUGAUAGUGGACUUUCAGGGCCCACAGGACCCAAAGGCAUUCGAGGACCCCCAGGUUUACCAGGUUUUCCAGGAACACCAGGGCUUCCUGGACUACCAGGUCAGGAUGGACCCCCAGGUCUCCAAGGUAUCCCAGGAUGCAAUGGCACAAAGGGAGAACAUGGCUUUCCAGGCAGCCCAGGUUUCCCAGGUUUGCAGGGUCCCCCUGGUCACCCUGGUUUGCCAGGAAUGAAAGGUGAGCCAGGUGACAUUAUCACCUCUCCCCUCCCUGGACAGAAAGGUGACCCAGGAUUUCCAGGUCCACCCGGAAUACCAGGCUCUCCAGGUCACCCUGGUAUAGAAGGUCCAUUUGGUCCUCCCGGACCCCCAGGUUUGACGGGUCCUCCUGGUCCCCCAGGAUUGCCAGGUCCUAAGGGCAAUAUGGGCUUGAACUUCCAAGGGCCCAAAGGAGAAAAAGGUGAACAGGGACUUCAAGGACCCCCAGGGCCACCAGGACAGAUCGGCGAACAGAAGAGAAUUAAUGAUGUAGAAUUUCAGAAAGGAGAUCAGGGUGUUCCAGGUGACCCAGGCCCCCCAGGGCCUCUGGGGCCUCCAGGACUUCCUGGCCCUCCUGGCGGUGUGAAAGGUGCAAAAGGUGAGCAAGGAGAAGCGGGGAAAAGAGGAAAGCCAGGAAAAGAUGGGGAACCUGGAUUGCCAGGUUUGAGAGGCUUAGCUGGUGAACCUGGAGCACCUGGUUUCCCAGGAAGAGAUGGAGAAAAAGGUCAAAAAGGAGAAGCUGGUUUUCCUGGACCACCAGGACGUGUGAUUCCAAGGCCGGGCAUUGGUACAACUGUGGGACCAAAAGGUAGCAAAGGUUUAGCAGGAUAUCCUGGAGAGAAAGGAGAUCGUGGUUAUCCUGGCCCUCAGGGCCCUCCUGGUUUACCAGGACCCGCAGGAAUUCCAAGCGUAGGUCCUUCUGGUGCCCCUGGGCUACCUGGUGAAAGAGGACAGAAAGGGGAUCAGGGCCUUCCUGGGAUCGCUAUACCAGGGCAGCCAGGAAUUGAUGGACGAUCAGGGCCACCAGGGCCACCAGGACCACCAGGACCACCAGGAUCAACUAUUCCACCAGUUGAUCGGCUUUGUGAACGAGGACCUCCUGGCCCCCAAGGACCUUGGGGAGAGAAAGGAUUUUCAGGGGAAAGAGGCCAGAAAGGCGACAAAGGAGAGACAUGUUUUAACUGCAUAGGAAGUGGAAUCCCGGGCCCUCCAGGAGAAAAAGGCUUUCCUGGUCUCCCUGGUAACCCAGGGUCUCCCGGUCUUCCUGGGCCAAAAGGUGACAAAGGCCUUUCUGGCAUAAUUGGACUGGUUGGGCCUCAGGGUCUUCCUGGACCUCCAGGCCCUCCAGGGCGUCCUGGUGCCAAAGGUGAUCCAGGUGAUCUGCUUGGUUUUCCCAGAAUGAAAGGUGAAAAGGGAAAUCCAGGUUUCCCAGGUUCUCCAGGGUUGCCUGGAUUAGAUGGUUCCCCUGGGCAAGAUGGAAUCCCGGGUCUUCCUGGUCCGAAGGGAGAGCCAGGUAGCAUUGCUUUCAAAGGAGACCGGGGGCCUCCUGGGAAUCCAGGUCUUUCUGGACUUGCUGGAGAGCGAGGGCCUCCAGGGCCUCCUGGAUUUGGACCACAAGGACCUCCAGGAGAAAAGGGGCUUCAAGGCGUUCCUGGACGUCCAGGUUCCCCAGGAGUUCCAGGGCCCAAAGGCGAACCUGCCCAAUCUGUUUCUGAAAAAGGACCUCCAGGGCCCCCCGGCCCCACAGGCAGAAAUGGGGACGAUGGUCUUCCAGGAGAACCUGGUCAGCCCGGGUCACCCGGAUUGCCAGGAAUCCCCGGCCAAAAAGGUGAACCCGGCUUCCAUGGCAUUGGACUUCCAGGCCCACCAGGGCCCAAAGGUUUGCCUGGGUUACCAGGUGGUCCUGGACUUCCAGGAAACCCUGGAAGAACAGGUGCUGAUGGAGCCCCUGGAGAGCCUGGAGAAAAAGGAGAAAAGGGAGAUCGAGGAUUUGGCAUUCCAGGACCUGCAGGGCUGCCUGGUCCACCAGGUUUUAAAGGAGCACAAGGUGCCAAAGGUGCCCCUGGCUUCCCAGGAAACCCUGGCACCCCAGGACGUGCAGGGUUUGAUGGAACUCCUGGACCUAAAGGUGAUCCAGGACUGCGUGGCCAGCCUGGGCUAGUUGGACCUCCGGGUAUUCCUGGAACUGGUGGCCAGGGACCACCUGGCCCACCUGGUCCUCCAGGACCAGCAGGACCUCCAGGACAGCAAGGCACCCCUGGUGAGAAAGGAGAUCUGGGUCCACCAGGAUUUGAUGGUCCCGGUCCUCCAGGUGACAGGGGCAACCCAGGAUUUCCCGGAGCACCUGGUCUUUCAGGUGCACCAGGUUCCCCUGGUUCCCCAGGAAGGGAUGGAAUUCCAGGACUACCAGGCAGCAAAGGCGAGAUGGGAGUGAUGGGUGCACCUGGUCCUCAGGGUCCUUCUGGAUCUCCUGGUAGGAAUGGCUUCCCUGGCCCCAAAGGCAAUGAUGGUUUACCAGGACAACCAGGUCAAGGAGGACCUGCUGGACUGAAAGGCAGCAAAGGAGAACCUGGCUUGCCAGGAGUUCCGGGAACAGUUGAUAUUGACCGACUGGGUUCCAAAGGAGAAAAGGGGGAACCUGGGGAGAAAGGUCAUCCUGGUCCAAGCGGGCAGAAGGGUUACCCAGGCCUGCCAGGUGAUGCAGGGCUCCCAGGAUUAGUUGGACAGCCAGGCGCACCUGGAUUACCAGGUCCCAAAGGAGACACUGGAAUUCCUGGCCCUCCCGGACCAACUGGGCCUCCAGGACAAAAAGGUGGCAACGGCGAGAUGGGACUGCCAGGUCCCGCAGGUGCAAAAGGUUCACAAGGCAUCCCAGGGCGUUCUGGCCAACCUGGUUCUCCUGGAUUGACUGGACUUAAGGGGGACAAGGGUGAUCCAGGCCGUUCAGGCACUGGUAUUCCAGGUCCCCCCGGCCCCAAGGGUGAAGGUGGAUUGCCUGGCUAUCCUGGUUCUCCAGGCACUAAAGGAUCUCCUGGAAAUUCUGGAUUGCCUGGUUCUCCAGGUACUCCAGGAACAAAAGGUGAACCUGGUCUUCCUGGAUUCCCAGGAACCCCAGGCAUUCCAGGACCAAAAGGUCUUGAUGGACCUCCAGGAAGCCCAGGUGUUUCAGGGCCACCUGGACCUCCAGGUGAUCUUGGUCGCCCUGGCUCUCCAGGACUUCCAGGGGAAAAAGGACAGCCUGGGCGAGAUGGCAUCCCUGGACCAGCAGGACAGAAAGGUGAACCAGGUCAACCUGGAUUUGGACUUCCUGGACCUCCAGGACUCCCAGGACUCCCAGGCAAAAAAGGCGAUUCAGGCUUCUCUGGACCCCCAGGAACUCCAGGACCGCCUGGUCUGAAGGGAGAUAUAGGUGCCAAGGGAUUUCCUGGCAUUCAGGGCUCAGUGGGUCCUCCGGGAUUUCCUGGGCCACCAUCAGAAGGACCCAAGGGUAGCUCUGGGCCGCCAGGCAUACCAGGACGGCCAGGUCUUCCUGGGCCCGAAGGACCCCGUGGGCCACCCGGGCUUGGGGGUGUGAAAGGAGAAAAAGGAAACCCUGGCCAGCCAGGCCAGCCCGGACUGCCAGGACUGAAGGGAGAUCAGGGGUCAUCUGGACGCCCGGGUGAACCUGGCCGUCCAGGCCUGAACGGGAUGAAAGGAGAUCCAGGUGUUCCAGGAGUACCAGGAUUCCCAGGUUUGAAGGGAUUCAUUGGACCUUCAGGACCUUCUGGCCCUGGAGGAGACCCUGGAUCCCCUGGCUCCCCAGGUCCUCCAGGGAUACCUGGCCCAGCUGGACAAACAAUUGUGGUUAAAGGUGAUCAAGGACCACUGGGUCCUCAAGGGCAGCCUGGAAUGAAAGGUCUACCUGGACUCCCAGGAUCUCCAGGUUUGCCAGGUGCAGUUGGUCUCCCUGGUGAUAUUGGACGUGAUGGUCUUCCUGGUUUUGAUGGUCCAGCAGGACGUAAAGGGGAGAGAGGACUCCCAGGCCAGCCAGGUUUGCGGGGUUCACAGGGAACUCCUGGCCCUGAUGGAUUGCAAGGUCCUCCUGGACCUCCAGGACCAGGUUCGGUUGCCCAUGGAUUCCUUAUAACUCGUCACAGCCAAACCACCGACACACCCUUCUGCCCACCAGGAACCAUACGGAUCUAUGAUGGAUUUUCUCUUCUCUAUGUGCAAGGAAAUGAGAGAGCUCAUGGGCAGGAUCUGGGCACUGCUGGCAGCUGUCUCCGACGUUUCAGCACCAUGCCCUUCAUGUUCUGCAACAUCAACAACGUCUGUAAUUUUGCAUCUAGAAAUGACUACUCUUAUUGGCUUUCCACUCCUGAGCCGAUGCCAAUGAGCAUGGAGCCACUAACUGGAAAGAGCAUCCAACCUUUUAUUAGCCGUUGCACAGUCUGUGAAGCUUCUGCUAUGGUUAUAGCAGUCCACAGCCAGACCAUUCAAAUCCCCUCCUGUCCACAGGGCUGGAACUCACUAUGGAUUGGAUAUUCAUUCAUGAUGCACACCAGCGCUGGGGCAGAGGGAUCCGGACAGGCCUUGGCUUCUCCUGGUUCCUGCCUUGAGGAAUUCCGCUCAGCCCCCUUCAUCGAGUGCCAUGGCCGAGGGACUUGCAACUAUUAUGCCAAUUCAUACAGUUUUUGGCUGGCAACUGUGGAAAUAGCAGAAAUGUUUAAUAAACCUCAGUCGGAGACUCUCAAGGCUGGUGACCUACGGGCACGUAUAAGUCGAUGCCAAGUAUGUAUGAAGAGGACGUAAUGCGUCAGACUUUUAUUAAAAAACACCACAGCAACUGAGAAAUCUUUUAAUGCACUGUCCUUCAGCUAUAAUAAUGGUGCUAUUGUGCAAAAAAAGAACUUUAAAGAAGAAAUGCUCCAGUUGAUGCAGAUUCCAGUGUCUCUCCCUCAGCCUGAAGCUGAUCCCAAAAGCCAACAUCUUGUGCUUUGAGGAUUGGGGUGGGUUAGAAAUUUUGCUAAUGAAUGAAUUAAUUAAUUAAAAGAAUUGGUCAAGGGAACUGACCAUUUGAAAAGCUAUUCAAAACGUUGAGGAUUGGAACGAUUGAAAAAUAAGCCUUUUCCUGCUAGGACUGCAAAUGUUCUUUCCCAAGUUGUCCCACUGAAAAGAAGAUGCCACCCCCCCCAAAAAAAAAGUCCUGCAAGGAGAAGACUGUGCUUUGCCAAGAAACCUGACAUCGUGGUGCUAUUGAUCCUACUGUAUCCCCGGAUUUUGAUAUGAAAUGUUUAAACUUAUUUUUUUUCCUUUGUAAGUAAUGAAAUGUGUAUAUUGUGUAAACACAUUUUUUUUUAGUUUCUAACUUCUCCACCGUUUAGACACAAGCCAGCCUAAGCUCACUGACUUCACCAAAAGAAAUCAAGCAAACCUAUAUAUAUAUAAAUAUAUAUAUAUAUAUAUAUAUAUAUAAAAUAUAUAAAUAAAUAUAUAUAUUAAAAAGCUGAGAAAUGCCAACUUAAAAGCAGGAGACAAUAUUAUACAGCUGGUAAAUGGCUACAACAGAUCUGGUUUCUCUCUCUCUCUCUCUCUCUCUCUCUCUCUCUCUCCCAGCAAACUACUACUGAGUUUUAAAAGUUUUAUUUUCUUCCCCAAGUUUGGGUCACGUUUUAUUUGAAAAAUGUAUAAUAAUGCUGUAGCCUUUUUUAAAAGAAAAACAGAGCUGUUAAUGUCUAUACUGUAUGCCACUCUUGAUAAUUUUAUUUGUCCAUAAGAGCAAAAAAAAAGCAGAAAAAUAAUUUUAAAGGGUUUUAUUUUUGCAUAUUCUGUGAAAUACUUAGAUCAGCAUCCUUCCUAAACUGUUCCCUUCGUUUAGGGAAUCUCUAGCUUAGAAAACACCACUAACAGCCAUGCUGAUUAAGGACUGUAGGAACUGGGAUCCAACCCAUCAGAGAGCAUCUAAUGCAGGAAGACGGUUUUAUGGUCCUCUGCAAGGAAACAAACAGAAAGUCAUUCGUUUGAAUGGUAUUAAUUUAUGUUGGUUCAGCUGAUCAUACCUUCAAAAUAUACAGGUAGCACAAAUUUUAUAACUAUUAUUUCAUGUACACACAAUGCACACCCAAAUCCACUUUUCCCCAGACAUAACAUCUAGUAUUCUAUCCAAAUAACUGUACACUUUGAAAAUCCUUUUGGCUGAAAUAAAGUGAAAAACUAGUGAA